AGCCCGGCCACUCUGCCCGUGCCCGUGGGUCAGGUGGUAGGCAAUAGGGCCUCUCUGGCCUAGAGCUGCAGCUCCUGUGGCUGCGAUUUGCAUCAGAGGCCAGCUCUCAGCUGCAACUGGUGUCACAGCUGUGGCCCUUGCAGCCCUAGGGCGCCCUAUGGGGAAGAAGCGUGGGCAGCGAGGGAAAAGCCAAGGCCAGGCCGCUCCUGGGAAAUGCCAGAACCGGCCGGCACUCGGGGUGCCUGGUGGGCAGGGAGGGGCUCUGCGGCCACCCAGCACAGAGCUCCGAGGGGCAGAGAAGAGCGGGACCCAGUCCACAGCAUCUGGUGCUCCCCAGGAGACCUCGGCUUUGGCCAGGAAACCGGCACCCCUCCCCAAGAGCAGACAGGAGGCUGAGCCAGGCAGGGAGGCAGGGCUGCUGUGUAGUGGGGGAGUUCAGGAGGUUAAAGAGCGGCAAGGCCAAGAGCAAGCAAAGCAGGGGACAGCUGCGAAGGUGCAGCCGGGCGGCCAGGCGGAUCUAUGCAGGAAGAAGCCCCGAGCCAGACGACCUGCAGAGCCAGCUGCUGGCCGUCCAUCGGCCCAGCCUCCUGUAGAACAACUGCGAGCCCUCCAGUUAGACAUGCUGCCCCUGAAUAUGGAGGCCAGCAGGGCCUUUGCCGGGAUGAGGCAGAACCUGUGGCAGAGGCGCAAAGCUCAGCUGGAGUGCAGAGGUCAGCUCAUCCAGGGCAUCCCGGGCUUCUGGACCACCGCAAUGGUAAACCACCCAGAGCUGGCAGCAGUGAUCAGCGAGGAAGAUGAAGACAUGCUUUGCUCCAUGAUCAGUUUGAAGGUAGAAGAAGCUGGAGAAUCCAGCGAUUGCUGCAAGGUCUCCAUGUUCUUCAGGAAAAAUUCUUACUUCCUGAAUGAAGCUAUCGUGAAGGAGUUUCUCUGGCACGUGACAGGCUACAUGGUGUGGCGUUCCACGGCCAUUCAGUGGCGUGCCAGUUACAGACGCCAAGCCAGCCUCCGCAUGAAGCACAAUAGCAGCCCGAACUUCUUCAACUGGUUUACUGAUCACAGUUUUGCUGGCUGCCACAGGAUUACUCAGAUCAUGGUGGAGGACCUGUGGCUCAGGCCACUGCUCUACUACCAGCCUAAGCGGCCACCUGGAGAAGAAAGGGAGCACGCAGAUGGGCAGGGUGAGAGCACAGGGCAAGAGCAAGAGCACGGGGCCUGUGGUGAAAUCAAAGAGGAUGGUGAGGAAGGCUGACGGCAAGCCCUUCAGGAGGGAGCCCUUCUCACACUGGAGCCAAUAAAGAGCAUUGAGUUUGUUGA